AUGGCUCUUACAGCGGAUAAAGUGCUCCUCCACGGAUACUGCUGGGGUAAUGCACUCUGGUAUGGCUCAAGAGGACUCUGUCGCGUCUGGGACCCAUUGAUGGUUAUUGGCUGGUUCCGUCCUCCAGUCGAAUCACACCUGAAGCCCACCGACCUCGAACUGUAUAACGUACGCACCGAUGGCUGGGGCCUUAUCUCCCUCGCUGGUUCCCUGAUAGUUCUCUCUCGUGCCUACGCCCACGGCGGCAUCAACAGGACCUACUCGAAAGCCUUCAUUGCCGUCUCCAUCUUCCACCACGUCACAACCAUGUUUGGCGCAUGGCAACAUUACAAGCUGGACUCUCACUACACCAAAGCCAUGUGGAUUGGCGUCUGGGUCAAUGCAUUCUUGACCGCAGUGGGUGGUGUCGUGCUAGGAGGUCUGAGCAACGACUCCGUCGCCAGAGCCAAGAUCGCAUAG